AUAAUCGGUGGUUGUAUGUUAAUUUUUGAUAAAAACAGCGUACAAAAACCGCCGCCAAACUGUCUACCGCAAAUGAGAUUAUUCCCAAUUACCACGACCAAGCGCUAAUAGGUCGGUGGCGCACGAGCCCGAUGAGCGCGUGCGCGGCGGCCGCCAUGCGCGAAAAACACGCGGCGCCGCGCCGCCUCGCAUCCCCGCCCUCUUCGCCGCACGACACGCACCCCAGCCCCCUCGGCUCCCCGCGCGCCGACGAGCCGCUCGACCUGAGAGUCACCCACAAGCGGCCGCAACGGCUCGAGGAUGAGAACUGCAACCUAAUAGUGCCCUCGCCGCCGCCGCACCCGACGCACCCGACGCAUCCGGCCCACCCCGCGCACCCGGCACUGCUACAGUUCUGUCGACGACUGCCGCUAGCUUUACCGGCCUCCUUCGGCCGCUAUCCUUUCCUCCCGGCCGCCGCGGCAACCCUCCUGGCCCCCGGAGCACCGCGGCCUCCGCCAGUACCGCCGAACCCCGGAGUCAACAGAGCUCGUGAUCGGUACACGUGCUCAUACUGUGGCAAAGCGUUCCCGCGCAGUGCAAACCUAACCAGACAUUUACGGACGCACACGGGCGAACAGCCCUACCGCUGUAAAUACUGUGAACGUUCCUUCUCCAUUUCGUCGAAUCUCCAGAGACACGUGAGAAAUAUUCAUAAUAAAGAGCGACCGUUCAGAUGUCGUCACUGCGACCGUUGCUUCGGGCAGCAGACUAACCUAGAUAGGCACCUGAAGAAACACGAGGCGGAAAAUGGAGAUGACGGCCGUCGAAGAUCGCCGGAGGAGACGUACUUCGAGGAAAUUAGAUCGUUCAUGGGGCGCGUGGCCCCGGCGCGCCGCGCAGCAGCGGCAGCUGCCACCGGUCUCGACCACACCUGAUAGUGGCCGACGUUAAGCUAAUUCGCCGUUGCAAUUAUCUGGUCGAAGCAUCCAAAUGACUUUCAUGUAUAAAUAUAACUGUACCUUGUACUAUGUAUGACAUUUUCGAUCGGUAUGAAGCGCCAAUGAAACUAUUAUGCUAUCUAGUUAUACCUCUACCUUACUAUUAUUAAAUGAAUGAACCUGUUCUGUAUUUUAAUAAAAACAUAUGUAUAUACAUACGUCUUUAUUGUUACCGAGUCCACUAGAUUUACCUCUAGUUCUUGGCGAAAUCUAGUUAUAGGGGCUACUCGCCACCGUGUCGUACGGUAGCUUGAUUGAUGUAUUAACGAAGUGAUAACGUGUCGCGUACGUAAUGUAAAUAUAAGAUUGUGCAAAAUAGUUUAGUUCCGUACCGAAUUUUCCUCUACCGAUAUAAGUUAUAUUAGAAUAACGGAUAAUAUAUUCCUUAUGCAUCGUUGACAUGCGUGUCAAACCAUGCUAAGGCCAAUUUAACACAAGGCUACGCAAAUUUCGGAUACUGUUGUUCGAUCCUUUCGUCGCAAUAUCUCAUAACGCGCUGUCCUUUUACACAACAUUGAAUCGUCGAACCUAGUUCGGUUCGAAAUAUUUGUAUGAGAUUAGUUGGUAUACUUUAUGUCCGAUAGGGGCGCUGCACAAAUUCAAAUUACAAAUUUUGUCGAUGACGUUACGAAAACGUUCUCACGAAUAUUCGUGAUAAGCCUGCAGUUAGCGAGCUUCUGGCUUCGGCGACGAAAGAGCAAAAUGUUAGCGACGCGUGCCUUAGUACGGACCUCUAUGAGAUUGUAUUGCGUAAGUCGCUUAGAGACUAAAAUUGCCGAGUAUCGGAUAUUUGCAUAACCUUGUGUAUAAAGGGCCUUUAGUGUUCCGAGAGUGUUCGCUACUUUAGAUUUACAAUUUUUUAUGUAUUGUAUGAAUGUAAGUUGACUUCUUGUACUAUUUUUUGUAUAAAAUUUGCUUUUUCGAUGUAAAAUAUUUAGUAAUGUAGUCUGAAAGGAAUCGCCGGUUACCAAUAAAUAUUUUUAAUUUGUUGCUUAUUGAUGAUAUUAUGAAUAUAUUUUAAUGAAAUGUUAGACAAUUUGUUUAAAAAUGAUUGGAUAUCUUUAAAGAUUAUUAUAGAGUGUGUUUCGUAAAUUAUUUAGUUUUAUUGCUUCAUUACGCAGAAGAGAAUGCGAGGGACUCUGUCUAACUCGCAAUUGUUAAGUUUCCAAAUAUUACGCAAAACAAAUAUGUAUAUACAAGUUUGAGAUUUUAAAUUAGAUUUUAUAUGAAAAUGUAUGAACAGC